AUGUGGCAGACAACAAGUUCACCACUACAGAAUAUAACAGCAGCCAACACCAAUUUAGCCGCCUUGCAACAGGUAAAACCCCUAAUUUUUCCAGAGAAAUUCAUGAAAAAUCGAAAUUUUCAGAUACAAGCAUUGCUACAGCUUCAAAAUCAGUUCCUAAAAACCGCCGAAUCACCGCCAGCUGCAAAGCGCCUCAAAAUCGACGAUGAACCAUCCACAUCAACAUCGGAAAAUGCCGAAAAAUCACCGAAACACUGUAAGUCCCCUUUCUAUUCUAUUCAAAAAAUGUUUUUUGUUCAAAAUUUAUUCAAAAAAAAAAAAUAGGCAAAGUUCCCAUGGUUUAUGUGCUAACUAACGGGCGGAAAUUAUCAAACAAAAAUAAAAAAAAAGAGAAAAGAAAACUUUGUUUUAUUACCCUUGAAAUAGAAUAGGGGACACAUUUUUUAAGUGUGUGAAUAAUUAGUUUUAGUUUAGUUUUAUGAGGUACUGUAGGGUGGGAACGGGAAUUUUUGAAAGCCUAAAACUGACAACUUGUGAGAAACACCAAAAAAAAAGAGCCGAGAAGCCUAGAAACGCCUAAAAACUUGGCCUAGAAAUCCAGAUUUUGGUCCAGGGGCUGGAAAAGUGGCCCGGAAGCUCAAAUUUUGAUUUAGAAGCCUGAAAUCCCCGACUUUUCUCAAAUUUUUUGUUAUUCCCGAAAAAUUUUCCCAAAAGUUUUCACCAAUUUUCAAAUUUCUCACGCCAUAAUUGAAUUUAAUAAUUCAAAACAAAAACUUUCAAUUUUUAAUCCCCUUGUUCUCCCCCCGCAAACUAACAAGUAAGUACAGUAAGAAAAGACGGGCGGCUCAAUUAACCAAGAUCAAAAAACAACAAGUUGUUAUUGUGAGAUAUUGGACAAAUACAGGUGGUUGAAAGAAGAGUCAUGGGAUAUUAAGGAGAUAAGUGGAAAUUGAUGGGUAAAUAAAUAAAUUGAGCAAAUUUGGAUUGACGCAUGAAAAAUUGAGAAAACUGACGUGAAAAAUAUGGUUUUUCACGUCAUUUUGCAAAUUUUUUUGCUCAUUUCAAUGUUUUGAAAAUUUCGAAAAUGUGAGUUUAAAAAAGUGGAGAAAUUCUGAAGCAGGUGGAAAUUGGGGUGACAUUUGGAAUUAUUUUUCAAAAAAAUCCAAGAAGCCCAAAAUAUCCUAAAAGCCUAGAUAAACUAGAAAGGCCCGGCCUGAAAAUCAAGGAUUCUGUCAAGUUCCUGGAACUCUAGGUUCGAGGAGUUCCUAGGUUUCUUAGAGCUCUAGAAGUUGAAGCUUGAAGAUCUGAUGCCUGGAAUCUAGAUUCAGAUAUUCUGUGGUGUUCUGGGGCUUCUGCUGGAUUUCAGGAAGUUUGUGGAGGUCCGGAAUCUGAAGAAAAUUCCGGCUCAGGAAGUUCUGAAGCUUCUAGAAAUAGUAGAACUCAGGAAUCUAAACAGGCUAGAAGAUCCACAAGAAUUUUGGAGAUCUAGGAAUCUAUGGAUUUUCAAGGCUUCUUCGAAUCCAAAAUAAUAGUUUUGGAGUUAUCAGAAUUUGAUAAUCCGAAGCUAUAAGAUCAGAAGAGAAUCCAGUAGAGCUGGGUACAAGUGGAAGUUGUCUGAUCUCUAGAAGUUAGUGAUCUUUAGGAAUCUGAGGAACUGAACUAGCAGAUCUAGAGAGAAAUCAGGAACAUCAUUGGGCUGGUUUUGAACUUAUAGAUCUCAAAAGCUGGCUGAGAAAAUCAGAGAAAUCAGGAAGCUGAAGAGCUAGAAGAUAUAAUGAUUCUCGAAGCUGCUGGAACACACCGAUAUUAAUUUGAUCUACGGAUUUUUCUGAAGCUAUAAGAUCAGAAGAGAAUCUACUGGAUUUGCAGAAGUUUUCGGAUCUCUAGAAGUUAGUGAUCUUCAGGAACUAGUAGAUCUAGAGAGAAAUCAAGAACAUCAAGAUGAACUUAUACUCAAAAGCUGACAGAGAAUCAGGAAGCUGAAGAGCUAGAAAAUUCCGGAAGCCAUGUUGUUUCCAAGAACCCACCCCUCCCUCUCUGAUAGGAGGUAUCAAGAGCCCCCCGUUCCUCCCACUGCCAGCUCUUCGCCCCGCCCCCCUUCAAUUACAGUAAUCCCAUAUGGAGACAAAUAUGAUCCUCUCGUCGCAAGCCUCCCCCUUUUCACACGCUCAUAUUGUGUGUGUUUGGUUGCUGACAGCCGUGCGCGUCGCUCUAUCUAAAUAUAUUCCUCGUCUUCGGGGCCGUUUAGCAAAAGAGGAUCGUGAGAGUGCUCCCACGGGUCCCCACCCCACCCCAUCGCUUCAUGGACUACCAACCACAUCUUCACGCUGCCACGCAGCCUCAGCCACAAGAAAAUGAGCAGCAGCACCAUGAUUUGGGUGCAGCUGGCAAGUAUGCCGAAGAACUGCUGCUCAACAAUGUCUACAUGCAGCAGCAGCAACAACAAAUGUAUGCUCCGCAAGUUCCGCAGGACUACUAUUAUCCGGCACCGCAACCCGCACCGGUUGUAUCGCAAUUCGAUCCCACAUGGGGUAUGGUAUACAAUGGUGGCGGGGCAGGUUCGACGGGCGCUUUUCCGUUGUAUGGCACCGGGGGAACGGGAUUUGGUGAGUGCGAGCGGGAAAGUCUGGGAAUCUGGGAAGCCUUGGUACAUCUAGGCAGACCUGGGAAGCUCACUUUCAAGUGAUCUCUGGGAGCUCUAGAAGGCCACUGGAAUCUUCUCUAGCAGUCUUCCAGCCUUCUCAUAUGGCAUUGCUCAUGUUAAAGAGUUAGCUUUUCUCCUAAAGUCUGUUCGGGGUUCCUGGAAGCUUCAAGGGCUUUCCGGAACAAUUUUUGUAUUUUCUCCUGACUUCAGAAUCUUGAAUUUUGACAAAAAGAAGAAGAUAUUGCUCAUGUUAUAGAGAGGAUUAAUCGAUUCUAUGUUUCCUUUCCGUUCUUGUUUCUACGGACCACCCACGAAGUUUUCCAAAAAAUUUUCCCCAACCUUGAAGAACACCUGCAAAACAAAAUUGUGCAAUUUUCUAGCAGUCUUUCAGGCUUCUCAUAUUAGAAAGGCAUUGCUCAUGUUAAAGAGAGCUUUUCGAGUCAAACCUGAUUUUAUCUAAGUCUGCUCGGGGUUUUUGGAAGCUUCAAAAGCUUUCAGAAAUAAUUCAACUAGAUUAUAGUUUCUUAAAUCUUUUUUCCUGACUCUAGGAGCCUGAAUUCUCACAAGAUCUGAAGAUAUUGUUCAUGUUAUAGAGAUCAUUUGAUUCUAGUUAGCUUCUUCUUUUCCAGUUUUCACAAAUUUGUCUCGGACUACCCACGAAGUUUUCAAAAUAAAUUUCCCCAACCUUGAAGAACACCUGCAAACUUGAAAUUACGCAAUCUCCCAGUCUGAUUCUCGUGUGAUAACCAUUUCAUUUUGAACAUAUUUUCCCAGAGCUUCGCCCCAUUUUGUAAUCGAAUUAAACAAAAAACGAAGCGGCAUUUUGUGAAAAUCACUGUUAUUUUUUGUCUAGUGAAUAUGAAUUUUGUGUAUCGUGAGUUUGUUCAGGCUAAAUAAAGCUGGUUAAGGUUCUUAAGGGCCUUUCAUUAGGAGCUGUAAGGAUUUGUGAAGGCCUUAUUAAUUUUAAAGGGUGCUUAAGGGCUUCAGUAAGGUUCAGUAAGGUUUAAGAAUCUUCACUGGGCUUUUAAAGGCUUUAAUAGGUCUUUAGAAAUUUCAUCAUGGUUUCAAGAGCUCAAGGGUAGACUUUUAGGCCCUAAGAGGCCCUAAGAGUUUCAAGCUUCCCCCAAACAAUAUUCCAUUAUUUUCCAGCCGAUCAAUACUAUCAAAUGACCCAAUCCACACCGUCCUCCUCAUCAUUUUUGGAUCCGAACAGUCCGUUCGUCGCCGCGGCGACCGCCUCAUCGAAUGUUGCGGCAGCCGCAGCGGCCGCUGCGAAUUAUUCGACGAUUGCGUUUCAGAAUAAGUUGGGAAGUUUGCAUAACUUGAUUGGAGAGACGUCGCAGCAAUUGACAACGUGAGUUGAUUUUUGGGAUGGGAUAGGGAUGGCUGCUUGAGAGGAAAUGUGUCUGUCUAGGCGUCAACCCUUGACGAAUACUUCUCUAGUCGCAAACCCUUGACUAAUACCUCUCUAGGCGCCAACCUUUACCCCACGCUUCCCCUCAAGGCUCCACUGCUUGACCACAAAUCUCAUUGUCUCUUUUUCCAGUGAACGAAUGCUCGAAUACCUAUCAAAACGCGACGAAUUCGACUGCGUCAUCUCGAUAUUUCACGCAAAAGUGGCUCAAAAAUCGUACGGCAACGAAAAACGGUCAGUUUUUCCUAAUUGUCUCUCUCUCCUGCCAGCUGUAAUAAGAAGAAGAAGAGCCAAGAAGUACUCAAUAUUUGCUCACAUAAUACAAAAUUGAUACACUUAUUUGUGUGUCAGGUGUUGUUAAUUAGUAAUGAGCUAACAAGGGAACCUUUUUUUACUCAACACUUCAAAUCUUGAUGAAAUUUUGUCCAAAGACAAAUUUUGGGGUCAUAAGAACACCCUGGGCUCUCAAAAGUUCAAAAAUUGCCAAAAUUGGCUCACAAAACACAUUAUAACUAAAUUUUCGUUCAUUUUUAUGGAAAACUAAGUAGCAGAUGAUGAUCAGCAUGAUCGAUUUACCCAAAAAAACAUCAAUAAAUAAAUUUUCAGAAAAAUUUUGAUUUUGAAAAAAAGAAUGAGCAGGGGCACAUAUGAAUUUUCAGCCCAAAAAUAAAAAACUUCAAAAUGUUUUGAAAAAUUUUUUUUUUAUUGAUGUAUUUUUAGUAAAUCGACUAUGAACAAUAUCUGAAAUUUUAUUUUUUACCAAAAUUAUUUUGAAUAUGCUGGUUGGGUGAAUUUUACUCCCAAAAUUUGAGAUUUUCCACCCAAAAUCAUGGAAAAAUUUGAGAUCUGGUACAUCUACACAUCUAGAAUUCACCCCAAAAUCCAGCAGAACUCCAUCUCGCCACUUAUAUUCAUAUUGUGUCAAUUAGUGCCAGACCAUAAGUGCGCCAAAGUGGGGGGAGAUUAGCUAAUUGCUCAUGUUUGCACUACAUACGUAAUAUUAUGUUUCAGCUGAGCUACUAAAUGGGGAUUAGAAGCAUAUGGUGAAGAGAUUUUGUCAGGAACUGGGGAUUUUUUGCUGUUGAAACAUGCAAAUUCCUGAAAUUCUACAGUAGCCCUCACUUUUUUCGUCUAUUUCUCUCCACUCUCUCCACUCUCUCUCUCUCUCGUCACAUUUCUUCGUCGUUUUUGUUAUGCAAGUGGGGAGCAUACGGUAGAUUUUUCCCACGGCUCGGCCAACACAAAAUUUUUGCGUCUUCUUUCCGAGCAAAGAAAAGAGAGUAUAUUAGUUUUUGUUUUAUUACUAAAGGGAGCGGAAGUUUGGACAAGGAGUCGAACCUUGAGAGGAAAAUGGCUGUCAAGGAGUCGAGCCUUGGGAACGAGGGAAGGUUUAUGCGUCAAGGGAUGGCGCCUAUAGAGGGUUUUUGAAUGUCACGGCACCCAGCCUUAGAUUAAAAGAUAUGUCAAGCGAUGGCGCCUAGAGGAAGAGUAGAGGAGUAAAAGAGUCGAGCCUAGAAGAACUAUCUAAUUGUCUAAGCCUAGAAAAAUCAAUAAGACAUUGCUCAGGUUAGGCUGAAUGUCUAGCUAGCCUAGUUUCAGCUCAAGACACACUAUUUUGCCACGUCCUAACUCCCCACAACCUAAAUUUUUUGCAGAUUCUUCUGUCCACCACCAUGUAUAUAUCUGUUGGGUCGAGGUUGGCAAUUGAAAAAAGAGCGAAUAUUUCAAUUGCUCAAAGCCUACAAAAAUCAUCAAAAAUCGCAAGGACAACAGCCCGAAAUCGGACUCGAACAAGAGCAAAUUCAGGAGCAACAUUCGGCCGAAUUAGUUGCUUACAUUGGAAUUGGAAGUAGUGAGCAAGAGAAACAACAAUUGGAUUUUUCGUCGGGAAAAGUCAGACAUCCCAGUGAUCAAAGGCAGGAUCCAAAUAUUCAUGUGAGUUUUUAAGGCCAACAAAUUUGCUCUCAAAUGAUACCAAAUAAUCCUAUACUGACGCAAUUUUGGAAGCUGGAAAUGCGCCAGCAAAUGCUUUGCGUUUUUUUUUGUAGCUGCUGAAAUCAUUGUCUAACCUGAGCAAUUUGUAUUUUGAAAAUUUAUUCAGCAUUGCUCAUGUUAGUCUAGCACAAUAUUCGGAUUUUAUAACGAAAAUUUGAUUUUUUAAAGUAUUGCUCAUAUUAGGCUUGUUAAAGUUCAAAAGCGAUAAUUCCAACUUUUCAGGUUUUUCUAUAACAUGAGCAAUGCCUAUAAAUCCAUCUUCAUUGAUUUAGGAGCAUUGCUCAUUUUUAGACUUGUUGAAGUUAUUAAAAAUUUCCAAAAUUAUGGAUUUUUAGCUGAAGAUUUCUCAAAUUUCCCCAGAUUUUCGGCAAAAAAAUCCAAUUUUCAAAGAUUUGUUUUACCUCUGAUUUUUUGAUAUUGCUCAUGUUAGAGUGGGAUUUUUGUACUGCUUUUGUAAAAAUUGAAUAAUCCUCAUUCAAAAAAAGUAAAUAACAUGAGCAAUGUCCUAAAAUUAAAAAAAAUUCCGAUUUUUGCAGGAUUAUUGUGCCGCCAAAACGCUCUACAUUUCGGACAGCGACAAGCGAAAAUAUUUCGAAUUAUCCGCUCAAUUCUUCUACGGUUGCGGCAUGGAAAUCGGACAAUUCAUCUCGCAACGCAUCAAAGUCAUCUCAAAACCAUCCAAGAAAAAACAAUCGAUGAAAAACACGGAUUGCAAAUAUUUGUGUAUUGCCAGCGGAACGAAAGUCGCAUUAUUCAAUCGAUUGCGAAGUCAAACUGUUAGCACCAGAUAUUUGCAUGUGGAAGGAAAUGCAUUUCAUGCGAGCUCGACGAAAUGGGGAGCUUUUACUAUUCAUUUAUGUGAGUUUAUGAGCUCUGGAGCAUUUUUUGGGUGAAAAUUUGGUCUGGAAUCGAUUUUUCUGAUGAAAAAUGAGCUCUGAAGCUUGUUUUGGGUGGAAAUUUGGAUUCUGUGGGCCAAAAUCGAUUUUUUGCUUCAAAUUGAUCCCAUGGGCUAAUUUUGAGUGAAAAUUUGAAUUAUGGGGGCCAAAUCUGGGCUAGAAUCGAUUUUUUUUGAGAAAAAUUCAGAUUCUGGACCCCAAAACCAGCCUGGUACCAAUUUUUGACCUCAUUUUUCUCACAAAAAAAUUCAUGAAAAAUUUACGUUUCAAAAUUCAUUUUCACAACAAAAAUAUUGGCUGUGGCCUAGAAAUCCAGACCUCGGCCACCUCGAACUUUCACAUUUUUCCAGUUGACGACGAACGAAAUGCACAAGAAUCGGAAAGUUUUGCGGUCAAAGAUGGAUUUGUUUAUUACGGUUCGGUUGUGAAAUUGGUGGAUAGUGUGACCGGAAUCGCGUUGCCUCGUUUGAGAAUUCGAAAAGUUGAUAAGCAGCAGGUAAAAAUGAGCGUUUUUUGGCUCAAAAUUGACCAGAAAUCAUGAAUUUUAACCCUAAAACCCUUGAAUUUUAAGGUAAUUUUGGAUGCAUCGGUCAGCGAGGAGCCCGUCUCCCAACUCCACAAAUGCGCAUUUCAAAUGAUUGAAAAUGAAAGUGUUUACUUGUGUCUGAGCCACGAUAAGAUCAUUCAACAUCAGGCACAAAUUAUCGACGCGCAUCGACAUCAAAUCAAUGACGGAGCCGCGUGGACGAUUAUUUCGACGGAUAAGGUGAGAAUUUGAGAUUUUUUGAGCCCGAAUUCGGGAUUUUUGGAUUAUUUUGAGCCUGGAAGCUGGAAUUUUGAAUAAAAUUUGAGCUGGGAUGUGAAAAUCGGCAUUUUUACGGAAAAUUUGUGCAAAUUUAGGCUCCGCCCACUUCCAGCAAGCCUGGCACAGUUUUUCUGAUAUUUUUAAUAACAACUAUGAUAGGGAUUAAGCCCCGCCCCUUUUUUGCAAGCCUGGCACAGAUUUUCUGAACACUUUGAGAUCAAAUAUAAAAUAGAAGCUCCUCCCCUUUUUUUACAAGCCUGGCACGGUUUUUCUGAGCGUUUCGAUAUAAAAUAUGAAAUAGAUUAAGCCCCGCCCAUUUUCCAGCAAGUCUGGCACAGUUUUUCUGAUAGCAAAAAUAAUGGGGAUUAUUAUUUUCCUCAAAUUGUUGCUUUUUCCAGGCCGAAUAUCGAUUUUUCGAGGCGAUGGGCCCCGUGGCGUCACCAAUUUCACCAUGCCCUGUCGUGUCAAGUCUCGAACUCGACGGCGCCAAUGCAAACGAGGCGGCCCGCGUCGAAUUGCACGGCCGCGAUUUCAAACCGAAUUUGAAAAUCUGGUUCGGCGCUCAACCCGUCGAGACCAUCUUCCGAUCCGACGAGAAUCUGAUGUGUGGAAUUCCGCCGAUUUCGGCUGUCAAAAAUGAGCACACGAGUUGGCUGUUUGAAAAUGCACAAACCAAUGAUGUUGAGGUAAGAGUUUCGGUGGCCGAGGUUUGGAUUUCUAGGCCACGACCCUAAAAAUUCAAACUCUAUCGAAAUUUAUACUCAAAGAAUGGCAUUUUUUCCAGGUCCCAAUUAGUUUGGUCCGUGACGAUGGUGUUAUUUAUUCAACCGGUCUUUCAUUUUCCUACAAAGCGCUCGAAAUGCAACCAACAUGUCGUAUCUAUUUGCAUCAAUAA